ACGAAACCGCGAGCAUUUCUGAUUUCUCCUCCUCUAAUUACCGCCUCCUCCUCCUUCCUCUACGUACGAAAAGCCAAAACCCAAAUUCGCUUCCCCCCCCCCCCCCCCAAAAAAAAAUUGCUCUUGCGGCGCCGCGGAUUCUUCGUCUCCACCACCGCCCUCGACGUCAGAUCAGGUGGUGCGGUCGAUUUGAAUCCAUGGCGGCGACGGUGGCGGAGGCGCUCGCGGUGACGGACGAACUGGCCUUGCCGCUUCGCGCGGUGGGGGAUCUGGCGGCCGCCGCGGGGGUCUCGCGGGAGGAGGUGGUGGUCAUCACGCAGUGCGCCUCGCUUGGUGGGAAGUUACCUUUUGAUGAUGCAUCAGUUGGUUCUGUUCUUGCUGUCAUUAAGAAAGUGGAAAACUUGGGCGAUCUGUUCAUAACUGAAAUAAGCAGGGUUCUUAAAGCUGGAGGCAUGGUGCUUAUACAGAGUUCCCCCUCUGAUCAGGAUCCCAAUAACUCUAUUCAGCGCAAGCUACUGUUAGGAGGAUUUGUUGACGUGCAAGCUUCUGCUGCAAGUUCCCAGGAUAGCGAGCAUUCUGUUACUAUUAAGGCAAAGAAGGUCUCUUGGAGCUUGGGCUCUUCCUUCCCCCUCAAGAAAGCCACAAAGGGUCUUCCAAAGAUUCAGAUUGAUGAUGAUUCUGAACUGAUUGAUGAAGACAGCCUCUUGACUGAAGACGACUUGAAGAAACCAGAACUUCCAGUUGUUGGGGAUUGUGAGGUGGGAGCCACAAGGAAGGCAUGCAAGAACUGUACUUGUGGCCGGGCUGAGGCUGAGGAGAAGGUGGAGAAGCUAAAUCUCACAUCAGAACAGAUCAAUAACCCUCAGUCCGCUUGUGGCAAUUGUGGGUUGGGCGAUGCAUUUCGAUGUGGUACUUGCCCAUACAGAGGUCUACCAGCAUUCAAGCCAGGCGAGAAGAUUGCCCUACCUGGCAACUUCCUUGCGGCUGACAUGUGAUGAUAGAAGGGAACAUCGGCAACAGCAGCAGAUAGGAAUUGGCUUCUUUAAUUUGUUCGUUCGUUAGAAUGUUGAAGUUGCUGACCAAGUAUGGGUGUGAUAGUAGAUGGAAAGAAGAGGACCAUUGCUGUAGUCCCUGCUAGGGAUUGGGAUCCAGUGCAGUUGCUAGGGUAACUGCAACUUAAGCAGUUGCACUAGCACCACAUGAUAACAAAUUAAUGGUUCUAGCACCUGUAUACUGUAGCAGAAAUUACUGUUUCACGUGUUUUGUAGCAACAAAUCUGGACCAUUGGAUGAAAAUACAAAUGGAUCUCAAUCCCCCUGCUAGUUAUCACCACUUUCUGGUUCCCAGGUUUCAGGUGUGAGUGUGACUCGCCUAUGCGUUCUGUUUUGAUGAUAUAUGUAACUGAGAAAAUACUGCACUGUUGUUUCAUUGUGAAACUGUCAAAUCUCAAAUCGCACGUCGCUGCUCUCUGCUGAUCUUGCAAGACAGUGACCCCUUAACAAA